UUGAGUUCGAUUAACCUCUUUACCGCAUCUAUAUCGCAAUGAUGUCAUAAAGGAGGGUGGGGUGACAUUCUAGUUAUCUUCACCUAGGUGACAUGUUGGAUGCCCUCUAUGACAUCAUAGACCACUGUAUGGCACAACAGUCCUAUCAAACAUUCUUAACACCACAACUCACCUAUCUCUGUACAGAGUAGUUGCUUUUUGAAUUUUACUGAUUGAGAGAUGGCUUUGUACUCUUCCAGUAUUAAAUUGUUGGUGUAUGUAAUCUUGGCAUUACACCAUCUGGACGGCAAGGAUUUUCGGGAUAACCUGAUGCCCCCCAUGGGCAUUUGGCAGUGGGCCAGCAUGCCUCACAUUGAACUGAACACCAACACCAUCAACUUCCAUCAACGACCCUGGACCACACAGAACACCAACGAGACAUUAUGGAGAUGGAUUGGGGGUAAGGCCCUGCGACAGACUUGUGUCCUAUCCAGGGGGUGUACAUCAAGCUGCCUCAUGCUACAAAAACAGGAGAUAGGCUCCUGCCCUAUGGGCCAUUGUGGCUUGGACAAGCCCACCACCACCCAGACCAGAAACAGUAUUGACCAGAAAUACAGAGAUGUUAGUGCUUUGCACCAGACAACCAGUGAUUCUACGGCCAGCCGCAGAACGCGUCGCCCCCGAGUAGCUGAGCUCAGGAGUAGGGAGAGAGCGGGAGCAAGUGAGCUUGUGUGGAAGAAGACCAACACCAUCAACUUCCAUCAACGACCCUGGACCACACAGAACACCAACGAGACCACUGGACACAGUUUGCACAAGUGCACCGGAGAGGCUUGUGUUAUGGUCAGCUUGGAACCCACUGCUACCCGGGUAGCUACAAACAACACUAACCAACUCAGUGGCCUUGUCGUUAGCGUGUCCGCCCUGAGAUUGGAAGGUCGGGUGGUUUAUCCGCGGUCCAAUCAUACCAAAGACUCUAAAAACAGGACCUGGUGCCUCUCAGCUUGGCACACAUUAUGGAGAUGGAUUGGGGGUAAGGCCCUGCGACAGACUUGUGUCCUAUCCAGGGGGUGUACAUCAAGCUGCCUCAUGCUACAAAAACAGGAGAUAGGCUCCUGCCCUAUGGGCCAUUGUGGCUUUGACAAGCCCACCACCACCCAGACCAGAAACAGUAUUGACCAGAAAUACAGAGAUGUUAGUGCUUUGCACCAGACAACCAGUGAUUCUACGGCCAGCCGCAGAACGCGUCGCCCCCGAGUAGCUGAGCUCAGGAGUAGGGAGAGAGCGGGAGCAAGUGAGCUUGUGUGGAAGAAGACCAACACCAUCAACUUCCAUCAACGACCCUGGACCACACAGAACACCAACGAGACCACUGGACACAGUUUGCACAAGUGCACCGGAGAGGCUUGUGUUAUGGUCAGCUUGGAACCCACUGCUACCCGGGUAGCUACAAACAACACUAACCAACUCAGUGGCCUUGUCGUUAGCGUGUCCGCCCUGAGAUUGGAAGGUCGGGUGGUUUAUCCGCGGUCCAAUCAUACCAAAGACUCUAAAAACGGGACCUGGUUCCUCUCAGCUUGGCACACAUUAUGGAGAUGGAUUGGGGGUAAGGCCCUGCGACAGACUUGUGUCCUAUCCAGGGGGUGUACAUCAAGCUGCCUCAUGCUACAAAAACAGGAGAUAGGCUCCUGCCCUAUGGGCCAUUGUGGCUUGGACAAGCCCACCACCACCCAGACCAGAAACAGUAUUGACCAGAAAUACAGAGAUGUUAGUGCUUUGCACCAGACAACCAGUGAUUCUACGGCCAGCCGCAGAACGCGUCGCCCCCGAGUAGCUGAGCUCAGGAGUAGGGAGAGAGCGGGAGCAAGUGAGCUUGUGUGGAAGAAGACCAACACCAUCAACUUCCAUCAACGACCCUGGACCACACAGAACACCAACGAGACCACUGGACACAGUUUGCACAAGUGCACCGGAGAGGCUUGUGUUAUGGUCAGCUUGGAACCCACUGCUACCCGGGUAGCUACAAACAACACUAACCAACUCAGUGGCCUUGUCGUUAGCGUGUCCGCCCUGAGAUUGGAAGGUCGGGUGGUUUAUCCGCGGUCCAAUCAUACCAAAGACUCUAAAAACGGGACCCGGUGCCUCUCAGCUUGGCACACAUUAAGGAGAUGGAUUGGGGGUAAGGCCCUGCGACAGACUUGUGUCCUAUCCAGGAGGUGUACAUCAAGCUGCCUCAUGCUACAAAAACAGGAGAUAGGCUCCUGCCCUAUGGGCCAUUGUGGCUUGGACAAGCCCACCACCACCCAGACCAGAAACAGUAUUGACCAGAAAUACAGAGAUGUUAGUGCUUUGCACCAGACAACCAGUGAUUCUACGGCCAGCCUCAGAACGCUUCGCCCCCGAGUAGCUGAGCUCAGGAGUAGGGAGAGAGCGGGAGCAAGUGAGCUUGUGUGGAAGAAGAUGGUGGAAGUGAUUAAUGGGGCAGAAGAGAGGAGGAUAGAGGCUGCAUGCUGCAUGUUUCUGGCUCUCUGCUGCUGGUUGUACGGAAUGGGCCUGCUGCUCACCAUCAGUGUGAGAGGACUACUGCAGAUAAUGGUCGCAUUAGAGCUCCAUGGAGAUGAGCAAAAGGAGAGAGGAGCUGAGAGGGAGACAGACAGCUGUAAAGAUGCUCAAACCGCUCCAGUGUUGGUGACCCCCGUGGUUCAACUAAGAAGAGAGCACGCCGCCUCCGCCGUCAGUCCAACAAGGGGAAACACUGAAUAACGUGCCCAUACAGGACAUUGUUCAUUUGCAUUCCAAAUAAUACAAUAUCAUAUUUUCUAAUAAAUGAUACUUGUUUUUGCAUCA